CGCCUGGUGGAAACCGCAUGUUUUACUUUGCACUUUCUUCGGCACUUGAAAGCAAUCGACUGCCAAAAUAUAUGAACAAAGUCUUAAAAGUUCCAGUUAAAAACUUGAAGUAAAUAAUUACUAUACGCGCAGAUAUGUCGCGACCUUUAAAAAGAAAAAUACACGUAUACAAUACAAAUAAUACAAUUAAAACAACGCCAAAAAAUGUUACAGUGCCAGAAACGCUAAGUACGAACGCAGCAGCGGCGGCAGUGGCGCAGCAUACAGCGACAGACUUGGAAAUUGGGCUGCCAACUGUGGUGAUACGUCAACCAGAAGGCGGCGCUGGCAACUUCGCAGUUAGCGCAGACGAACAUGUGUCGCGCAAUGCAAAACCGUUUCAAGUGACAGCUGUUACUUCUACUGCUGCUACGACAGCAUCAGCAGUGGCUUCGACAUCGACGAAGCCCAGCGCAGCAACCCCGAAAGUCAUCAGGAGAGUUGCUGUCUACAGUAGCAAUGUUCAAAAAAAUAUUGAAAGCGGCGCUGAACUCGGCGGGGCAAAUGAAAUGGGAUCUUCAACCAGAGAAGUGGCAACGCAAGCUACAACUGCUCAUUUAGAUGCCUACGUAAUAGAUAUGCAGAAAAGCGAUUCAGAUGAUGAUGGUUAUUCGAAUAUCGAUUUCAAUGAUGACGAUUACCAAUUUAUUGAUUCUGAAGAGUGUUUAGAUGAAUACGAUCCAGCUUGGUCCCCAACGUUACGACUUCCAUGCAAAGUAUUCAACUACAAAGAAGCGACUCAGCAAAGCUUAAGAAGUCCUGCAGGAGAGGCACCGAUUUUUUAUUUUGAUUUGUUACUGGGGCCGAGGGCGGAGUUCUUCUCAAAGUUGGCUAAUAGUUGCGGCAUUCGUGCUACAAAGACAAUGGAAAACCCUCCGAAUAUUCAUACUUUCAGUUCAGAAGAAAUGCAGAUAUUUAUUGGAAUCUGUUUGCAAAUGAGUGCACUCAAAUUAUUUGAUUUAGCGGAAUACUGGAGUGAAAGUGCCAACUUUGGAUUUGAUGGUUUUGGUGAUAAAAUGAGCUUGCAACGUUUCGAAACUAUUUUGGAUAUUUUAAAUUUUGAUAUGUUUAAAAGCAACUCCCAUAACCCUACUGUCCCAUCUAGUAGUAGCGAGAAAUUCCCCGACACAUUCUCUAAUAUCAGACCCUUAUUGAACUACUUCAAUACGCGCAUGGAAUCCGUUUACAUCAGCGAUCGUCGGUUGAUUUUAAAUGAUCCUUUAAUAUAUUGGAAGGGAAAAUUUGAUUGGCUAAAUGAAGUGCAGACUAAACUCCGGCGUUAUGCAGUGGGACUUCACUUUCUGACUGAACCAUCUGGAUUACUAUUGAAAAUAGUGGCCGAUUUAGAGGUACCAGAGCGAAAACAGAUUACCCAAAAUUCGAAAGCAUUGGCCUUUCAACGCUCAGCGAUAGCAUUGGAACUGUUGGAAGCAAAGUUGCGAAAAGGUCACAUCGUUUAUGCUUCUAAGCACUACGGUAGCUAUGCGCUUGCCCUGGAAUUGGCUAAACAGCAAACCUAUUGCACUGGACUUUUGGACUGCAAUCGGUUCGGCAAUAGCAAGGAGGUUAUCCUAACACCACUCGAUAAAGGAUGCGUGGUGGCAAGAUAUGCUGGCGACAUAAUGAUGGGAAAGUAUCGGCAUCGCGGCAAAAAUAUUUAUUUCUAUAGUUCUAACUGCGCGGAUAUUUGUGCCAAUGAGCAAGAAGAUAACGAAUCCCCCCUUGCAAAUGUGGUAAAAGAACUCAAUACGCUUUUGUGUCAAGCGACCAAAAUCCGUUCAGACAUGCUUAACUGCCAAAUGUUGUUAUCUUGCGAAAAAAUGAAGUGGGACCAACGCUUAAUGAUCUAUGUGAUGAAUUUGAUUGUGUUAAAUGCUUACAUACUGUACACGAAGCAUGCGGUCUUCAGGAAAGGUCAACUACCCAUCCAAUAUGAAAAAUUUCGACAAGUAGUUAUAGCGUCAUUACUAAAUACAAAUUUGGAAAACGAGCACACAAUUCAGAUUAUUCCACCGAUCAAUGAUAAAGUUGUGAAGAAGAGAUGCCUGAUAUGCCGUAAAGGGGGUCUAGUGACCUAUUCCAAGUAUUCCUGCAAAAUUUGUCCUGGAUUGCCGGGUUUGUGCGCAACGCCCUGUUUCAAGAUUUGGCAUGAUCAACUGCAGAAAUCGAUGCUGGCAACCAAGGCUCAGUGCUGCGGUAAAGUAAGUUAAAAAACAAUAUGAAGGCGCCUUUUAUUAAAAACUACAAAAAGCUUGUUCUGUAAAAAAUUAUGAUUGUGAAAUAAAUUGAAUGAAAAAUAGA